AUGUAUGUGGUUGAGAGCAAAGCAGGAGCUAUAGGAUGUAUGAUACUUUCCUUGUGUAUCUUAGGAAGUUGGCCAGCAAUUUUGACUCUGUUGGAGAGAAGAGGACGUCUUCCUCAACAUACGUUUCUUGAUUUCACAACCGCUAAUCUCUUGGCCGCAAUUGUGAUCGCGUUUUCGCUCGGCGAGGUUGGAAAAAGCACGUUUUUAACACCUGACUUCACCACUCAGCUCUCUCAGGAUAAUUGGCCGUCGGUAUUGCUUGCAGUCGCAGGCGGCGUGCUACUUAGCGUCGGGAAUUUAGCGACUCAAUAUGCGUUUGCGUUUGUUGGUUUAUCAGUCACCGUAGUUAUAACCGCUAGCAUUACCGUAGUCAUUGGUACGACUUUGAAUUAUUUCUUGGACGACAAGAUUAACAAAGCCGAGAUCCUUUUCCCCGGAGUAGGUUGUUUCUUGGUCGCUGUUUUCCUCGGCGCUGCGGUUCACUCUUCAAAUGCGGCUGAUGUCAAAGCGAAACUCGAGUCAUUACCUAGCGAGUAUAAAGCCGGGACACAAGAUUUCUAUUCUUCCAUUAAAAAAGGUGAAGACAACUCUGAAAAAGAGAAAACUGAUGUUGAGUCUCAAGAGAAAGUACCAACGGGAAAGGCGAAAGCAGGGACCGCAGGGUUCUUUGUAGAGCUAGAGAACAAAAGGGCAAUCAAGGUCUUUGGGAAGAGCAUAAUGAUCGGACUAUUCAUAACGCUCUUUGCCGGAAUCUGCCUCUCUUUGUUCUCCCCUGCAUUCAAUUUGGCGACAAAUGAUCAAUGGAGCACAUUGCCAAAAGGCGUACCUAAGCUCGUUGUCUAUACCGCCUUUUUCUACUUCUCGAUCGCGGGGUUUCUCAUCGCUUUGAUUCUAAACCUCAUCUUUCUUUACCGGCCUAUGGCGGGAUUAGCGAGAUCAUCUCUUAAGAAGUAUGUAAAUGACUCUAAAGGUAGAGGUUGGUCUGUUUUUGCUGGCUUCUUGUGUGGGUUUGGUAACGGUUUGCAGUUUAUGGGAGGUCAAGCUGCUGGAUACGCGGCCGCAGACUCUGUCCAAGCACUUCCUCUUGUGAGCACAUUUUGGGGCAUAAUCUUGUUUGGAGAGUAUCGGAGAUCGUCGAAGAGAACUUAUGUGCUUCUGGUUAGCAUGUUAGUCAUGUUUGUCGCGGCCGUUGCGAUUCUCAUGGCGUCCUCCGGUCACCGGAAAUGA